UCAGUUCGGCGCGCUCGGGGCUCGCGCGAGGAGCGUCGCUCGUCUCAGUCUGCGCGCGCGUUCAGGUUCUUCAGGUCUCAGUGAUGAACACUGAUCAGGACGGGCCAUAUGUAUGCACUGCUCCCGGAUGCACUCAGCGCUUCCAAAGAGAGGAUCAUCUGAUCAUACACAGGCACAAACAUGAGAUGACCCUCAAAUUUGCAUCCAUUAGGUAUGACAACACACUCUCAGAUCAGACUCCGACUCCGACACGCUUUCUAAAGAACUGUGAGGAGGUUGGACUCUUCAGUGAUCUGGACCUCAAUCGGGCAUCGGAUGAAGAGGAAGAAGAAACAAAACAGAACUUUUCAGUGCAGGCUUCCUUAGGAGAGACCCCGGGCGAGUGUCAUGGCUCCCAGCAGCAGCAAUGUGCCUUGGCUCAGUUUCACACAAGUCAUCUCCACUCACACAACUCUCAUGCUUUAUCUCACUGCUCGAUGCUACGACACACCAACGCCCACAGCACCACCAUCGCCCAGUCAGACCCCAGCUGUCUCCACACCCAACAGCGCCACCCGGUGGCAUGCGCCAUGCAAGCACCGCCCCCUGUGCAUAUGAGCACACAAUUAGCAGUGGACCCCAGCAUGAUGGAGAUACCAGGGCCUGCUCACUCCAGAUCAUGUCACACACCCCAGAGGUCAAAGGUCAUACCAUGCCAGACUCACCCAAUGGCAUCCAAUGGGAACCAGAACCCCAUGGGUCACAUGAUGGACAUGAUGCCACAACAGCAUGUGAGGAUGGGGUUACCUCUGACACACGGGCCAGCAUCGUCUCAUCCAGCUUAUCAGCAGCAUGGCCUCGGCCAACCACUGCACAGACACGCCCCAGGUCAAGAGCAGUCUCCUCACAGCUGUGCUCACCACUCACCCCCUGCACACCUGCACCCAGGCCCAGUGCAGCCUGCAGCCAAACACCUGGCACAUCAACCCAUCCCUGCACAGGUAUCUCCAGUUCCCAAAAACACACCGUGUGCAGAGUCUCCUCCCCAGACGAGUGGGGGGAAACGCAGACGGACGGCAGACGAAGAUCCAGACGAGCGCAGGCGCAAGUUUCUGGAACGAAACAGAGCAGCAGCAUCACGCUGCAGGCAGAAGAGGAAAAUCUGGGUGAUUUCACUGGAAAAGAAGGCAGAGGAACUCACGCACACAAAUCUGCAGCUACAGAACGAAGUUACGCUACUCAAAUCAGAGGUCAUUCAACUGAAGCAACUCCUGCUGGCGCAUAAAGACUGUCCUGUUACUGUGAGACAGCGGGAGACACAUGUUGGCAGCCCGACAGGAAGUCCCCUCCAGACACAAAACGUCCAACACAACAGUGUGUCGUCAUCCAGCACCACAGCGGCGCACACACACCUCACCACACAUUCACGCUCUGCAUCCUAAAUGCACACGGGACACACACCGGGACAUUUCUACAAACGGUUAAUAAAACGUGAAUUUGCUGUAAAUUGAAAUGAAACUAUGAUUAUAUUAACCAUCACCUGAUUCCUGAUCGUUGAUCUCAGCGCACGACGUCCAGCACGAGACUGAGAAAUAAAGAGACGCCUGACUGACACGCGGCAGCACUUUUACUUUAGGAUGCUGGAUCCUCUCACACUGUGAUGGACUGGAAUAAGCCGCCUGGACAAGCUCCGCCUCCUCCUCGUGCUCCUCCUCCUCCUCCUCCUCCUCACCCCCGCUGCCUUACUCCCAUCGUUUUGCCGAGUGGUAUUUCCUCAGGGACGGUCACUUCUGGCAAUAUCUCUCUAUGUGUUGUGUGUGUGUGUGUGUGUGUGUGUGUUUUCUAGCACUUUGUUUUUCUCUGCCUCAGCUAACCAGCUCUGUGGAAACAGCUGAAACGCCAGAUGAGAACACGAGUAAUUUUUUGUACCUAUCAAUCAGGGCUAUGUAUCAUAGUGUAAAUAUGAACAGAUAGUUUUGUAUGGCUUCGGAUUGCAUCUGCACCUUCUGCUCUGAGCUGCACAUUUCUCCUCAUGUGACUGGAAGCAGUUGUAUGAGCUCUUCUCGAGUGAACCUCUCAGGUGUCACGUACAGAAAUAUACUGAACUCUUCACUAACUGACCUGCUUUAUUAACUCUGUUCAGUCCAUCAUACUGUACAUAUACAAGGAUCUGAUUGCGAUAUACAGUAACACACCGAGUCUUGAGACAUUUCUACUCUCCAGGAUUCUCCAUGCGAACACAGACGGCACCAGGGCAGUUAGAGAUCGAUUCCUCACUGACAAUCACAUUUCAUCAGAGCGGGAAUAGAAAAACCCGACACUGUGCCAUUGGCUGUUCGUGCAUUUUGUUACAAAAUGUUGAAUGUUUUACAAAUAUUACAGUGCAGUGUUAGGAAAUGUUUAAUGCAUAAAACCUGGGGAUAAUACGGUCGAAAUGCUGUUUUCCAUGUACAGUUUUCCAAAAAAAAAAAAAAAGAACCAUAUUUCUUUAUUUUUGUACCAGCUAACUAACAAAUGUUAUUGCUAUUUCUAAAUAAAAGAACUUGGGCUACAGUCA